AUGCCGCGAAACAACCUUGACACCCUCACUCAAUCACACAACGCCAUCGCCGCAAAGAAAAAGGCCAAGCGCGAACAGAUAAAAGAAAUCCUAUUCGACGAUGAAGCACGCAGAGAAUUUUUGACUGGUUUUCACAAGCGGAAACUCGCAAAGGCGGAAGCGGCAAGGAGCAAGGCGAAGGAGAGAGAGAAGCAAGAGCGUCUGGAGGCACGUCGUGAGCAACGACGAAUGCUGCGUGAACAAGCAGCUGAGAAUUCUGCACAGGUAGAAAAAGCUUACGGCGCCAUUUUCGGUGCGAUUCCUCGAGCAUUUUGA